AUGCCAGCGUUGGCGCAUCCCCAUGGGUCCCAUGUUGUGUCACGCGAGAGCAGAUCCUCCGAGGCCAAUUCCCUCUCGCAGGAGUCUUUGAGGCGGCAUUCUCGAAGCCGUCGUCGACGGUCGCACGAGACUGAUGUGGAAGCGCAGACCUCACCUCCUGGGUCCUCCCACCCGCGAAACACUCCCCCUCACCACGUCCACAUCCAGGAGAAUACCGAAGCCACAGCACACCACCACGCAGAGAAAGCCAAUGACGGCCACUUGCCACCGCUCCAUCGCUCAGAUACCAAUAUCUCCAAGGCAACACUGCGCAGGCGGGCUCGCUCAGACACAGCUAACAACCUCAUAUAUGGCACGGAAGGAAUGGGCAGAACUACUGGCUGGGCCCCCGGACUGGAACCGGGAAUUGACACCAGUAAAACGGCUCCACCGUAUAGCGAGGGACCACAAGAGCCCCUGCCCCACGAAAGCCUGAAGCAGCGAUGUGAGAUCACGGUGGUGGACUUCAGCAAUGAGGACGUGUCGACAUAUGAUCUGGACAACGAUAAUAUCGAAGAGUUCCUGGAGAAAGGGCCUGCACCGUGGGCGGAAGUCAGGUGGAUCAAUGUUAACGGACUGUCCUGGGACGUGAUCAGACUCCUGGGGAACCACAAAAGGCUGCACCGGCUUGCCAUUGAGGACUUGCUCAAUACCAAAAAUCGGACAAAGGUGGACUGGUACAGUGACCAUACAUACAUGGUGCUGCCGUUGCAGAAGCUUGUCAAUCUCGAAGACGAAGAGGGGUUUUCCUCAUCGGACAGCGACUCUGACUUUGGCCCGGUCGACGAACAAGAAUCUGAUUACGGGGCUAGAAUCAUCACCGAACGUCAAAGGCGGAAGCGAGAGCAAAAAAGAAGCAAGGGCGCCAUCCGUUCUCUCUGGGAUGACAUCUGGAAACCUAAGAAGAGAAAGGCGCCAGCUGGAGAGCCCGAUAUUGUCAACCGGCUCAAUCCCUCCAAUAGUCUCCGCACGGCGAGCAAGGUUGGGACUCCAUGGGCGCCCAAGCACAUCCGCACCAUGCAGCGAUAUCAUGCCGGACCCAACCAGGACCGCAUUGAAUAUAUGGAACGACAUGCCGUAUUGCGGCGCAAAGGCAUCGGCGUCUCAGUCGAGCAGGUGUCCGUUUUCCUAUGCGCUGAUAACACGGUCAUAUCCUUCUUCGAAUACUCGGCUCAUGACGUGCAAACACCCAUCAUCCACCGCCUACAGUCUCCCGGGACCAUCCUGCGCCAAUCGUCCGACGCAUCGAUGCUUGCACAGGCGAUUCUUGAUGCCAUAAUCGACCUAGCACUCCCGGUCACGACAGCUUACCAAGAUGCCAUCGGCGACUUGGAGCUCGACGUCCUCACCGACCCGGAUAUUCACCAGUCCACUACUUUAUACAUUCUGACGUCUGAAAUCGGCAUUCUUCGAAACGGCAUAGCCCCUAUCAUCCAGCUGAUCGGCGCGCUGAAAGACCACAAAACCGACGCGCAAGCAGCCCCCCCAGUUGUCCGCGUACCCAGCGGCGAGUUCGCCCACAAUAAGCCCUCGCACCCUUUUACGCGCAAGCAAACCAGCAUUAUGUCUGGCGUGAGUAUCUCGCCAAUGACCAUCACAUACCUCGGCGACGUCGAAGACCAUGCUCUCCUCAUUCAGGAUUCAUACGACCAGAUGCGCCGUAGCGCAGACAAUCUCGUCGACCUGAUCUUCAACACCGUGUCGGCGUAUCAGAACGAGAGCAUGAAGCAGCUGACCAUCGUGACAUGUUUCUUCCUCCCCUUGAGCUUUCUCACGGGAUAUUUCGGCAUGAAUUUUCACACCUUCCCGGGCGUAUCGGAGCAUAGCGACGCCUUCUUCUGGGUGAUCGCGGCGCCAGUCAGCUUGGUGGUGUUUCUGCUUCUCAUGCGUGAUGUCAUGACCCGCGCUGUCGUACGAUGGGCCAACAAGGCCCUCAUUGCACGCGGGAGGAAGAGAAGGCUGCAGAAGAAAUGA